UCAGGUGGUAUCAGAGCAGGGAGUUCACCCAGUCAGAUAGCCAACCAAGACGGUAUCAGUCGCAACCCACCCCGUGACAGAGAUCAAGGGUUCCCAGCUGUUUGGAGAGUGAUUGAAGAACAAUGCACGGCCACACAUAACAUCGAACAUCAGUUGGCAGAGGUGACUGAGCAACUGCGAACCUUGUUACGAGAGGUUGUUCCACGGAACCGGGAAAAUCCACAACAGAUCGAAGGAGACGACCAUGAUAGACCACCCGUCAUUACUGCGUCCCGACGUCCAAUUCUUGACGACAACUGUGAUGAUGAUUUCGAACUUGGUGGUGCUCCAGUUAUUCCCGGUAACGGUCUGUACCACGUUCCUCUUGAUAGUGCAACAUCGAUUUCUGGGUUUAAGUCGUGGUUACGUCAGACAUCCACCGCAAGGAUUCUACCUUUUAUUCCUGGCAAUUCGUCGGCUUCGACCCGGUUGGCCUUUGAGCCUAUUUCCGAUCGAACAGCACAUCCUUCUAUUCGGCCCUCAAAUGGGAAACAACCCUCGAAGAAAGCUCAUCCUUCAUCAGCUUUUUCAGAAGAUGCGCGGGGAAAAGAGAAUCAGUCCUGCACUAAUUCGUCAAAGAACAACAGGCAAUCCCCAAAAGAUAGAGACACAAAAAUCAGAACCCCAGUGAAGAGGCCCCCCAUUGAGAAUGGAUCAGUAGAGAAGCGUUUGGAUCCUCUGAAACUACAGCUAGAAUGUGGAGCCAUAGAACAAGACACAGAAGAACAAAGCGCAUCAGUUGUUCCUGAAGAAACAGCACCAGAAGGAGAGAGUAAUGGUCCUAACAAAAUCUCAGAAGAAAUUUUGAUGUGCCUGUCGAGCAUUUUCCUGAGGAUGAGCAGGAUGAAGAACAGGGGAACGGAACCCGAUAUGUUGUCUUCCUUAACAUCUAAUGAAACAUAUGAAGAACCAGAGUUCAGAGAUCCUUAUGGCAUUUGUUCAGAAUUUGGAAAGAGGGAUAUUGGUCCAUACAAAUACCUGUUUGUAAUCGAAGCUAGUUCAAUUGAUCCAAAUCGAAGAACAAACUCUUUGUUUCUGAUCCGGAGACUGAAGCCGCUUCUUGGGAAGUUUGUAUCUGUCAACCUAGAUGGUCUGACUCAUCAGCAGAAGCUUGCAUUCUGGAUCAACAUCUAUAAUUCACGCAUGAUGAAUGCGUUCCUAGAGGAUGGGAUACCGGAGAGCCCCCAUAUGAUCGUUGCAAUGAUGCGGAAGGCAACAAUAAAUGUGGGUGGCCACUUGUUGAAUGCAAUGACAAUUGAGCAUUUCAUCCUAAAGCUACCUUAUCACAAAAUAUACAUAUGCAAAAGGUCCAAAAAAUGAUGAGAUUCACCAGUGUAUUCAGCAACAGAAUAAGACCGCUGCUACCUACUCUUACGCAGAGUCAGAACCGAUCGGUCCGACUCAAGUGAAGAUUGGGGAAGAGUAUGAGAUCAUCGUCACCAACUUUGCAGGUCUAUACCGGUACAGGCUAGGGGACGUGGUUAAAGUGAUGGGAUUCCAUAACUCCACCCCGGAGCUUCCAUUUGUAUGCUGGAGGAAUUUGCUACUAAGCAUUAACAUAGACAAGAACACAGAGAAAGAUUUGCAGCUAGCAGUUGAAGCAGGUGGGAAGCUGUUAAUGAAGAAGACAAAGGUUGAGGCGAUCGACUUCACCAGCCAUGUGGAUGUGUCCACGGACCCUGGACACUACGUCAUUUUCUGGGAGCUGAGUAGUGAGGCCAGCGAUGAAGUGCUGAAUGAGUGUUGCGAUUGUUUGGAUCGAUCUUUCGUUGAUGCAGGAUAUGUUAGUUCCCGAAAGGUGAAUGCGAUUGGAGCGCUUGAGCUUCCUGUUGUAAGGAGGGGAACCUUCCAGAAAAUUCGGGAUCAUUACUUGGGGCCGAUGCCAAAAACACUCAUGUGUGAUCUAAGGCCAUAUCAGAAACAAGCUCUUUAUUGGAUGACAAAAUCGAAGAAGGGAAUUGAUGUUAAGCAAGCGGCCAAAACACUUCAUCCAUGUUGGUCAGCCUACCGUAUAUGUGAUAAGAGAGCGUCUGCAAUCUAUAUUAACAAUUUAUCAAGGGAAGAUACUACACAAUUUCCCAGUGCUUUAAUACUUGCUGACUUUCAUCGCUACCUACCAGAGACGAUCCUCGCAUAUCCUAGCCACGACUCGAGGUGGAGUUCUCUCCAAGUGGGGGAGAAUGAUGGAGGCCCAUCACAAGGCCCAUCACACCCUAGGGGCGGCAGCUCCUAGGAUAAGGGCAAGUCAAGAUAAGGUCCAAGAAUGAUAAGGCAAGACUUCCAAGAUUAGUAGGAAUUCAAGACUCCAAUCAAGAUCCAACAAAGACUCCAAGAAGCAUCAAGAAAUCCAAGACUCCCACAUUCAUGCAUAAGGAGAGCUAGGGAGAUCGGACGGUGGAAGAUCAAGCCCAAGAAUUCCAAGAGGGUUCGACUUUAUCAAGAUAGCCCAAGAGGAUCAAGAUCAAGAUCA